AUGCCUUCACAUAUUAUUGAUUAUAGUAAACAAUUUAGUCGUGCUGAUGUCAAUCAUGAUGGAAUUAUUGAUGAAAAAGAAUUUCGUUUAUUCCUUGGACCAACAAGUCAAGAUAAAAAUAAAUCAAUAUCAAAUCAAUAUCAAUAUGAUCUAGAAGCUUUUUCUGCAGCUCAUGUAACUCAAACAAUAACGUAUGAAAUUGGUUAUGAUGUUGCUGUUGCUGGUUUUGUAAAAGAUCCAUAUUCAUAUGAAAAAUAUGCAUUCGGUAUAUCUAAUGGUAAAGAUCAUACAUAUGGUCUUGGACCUGAUGUUGGAAUUGGUGCACCUGAUAUUGCAAAGAAAAUUUUUCAAUAUGAUGCUGCUGGUGCGAUGUUUAUUUAUGCUGAUACAAAUAGAGACGGAAAAAUUGAUCAACAAGAAUUUGGAUUUUUUAUGGAUUCUGUUUAA